GAUUGUUCUUUGCUUACUACUUGAAGUCAACUAAAUAGAAGUUCAUCAGACCCUUUUAGAACACUUUGAUCCCACCGCAACCAAGGAAAUUCAGUUACGUAACUGAUGAACGACUACCCGCUGAAGGAGAUGUCUGACACUCACAGCAGCCCUCUGCUGGGAGAGCCUCUUUCCAACAGAUACAAACUCUACGAGUCAGAGUUUACCAGCACUAGCUGUCCCUCAAGCCCCCAGGAUACACACCCAGCCCUGCCCCUCCUGGAAAUGCCUGAAGAAAAGAAUCUCCGACCAUCCAGUGAAGAUAGCCACAUUGUGAAAAUUGAGAAAUCCAAUGAAAAGAACAAAAGGAGAGAAAGAGAGGCAGCCGAUCGGGGCUUUGCAGGCCAGGAGGGCAUCAGCCUCUUCCAAGCAGUGGGCUGCAUCACUGGUGAGAUGAAGGAGUACAGGAGCUGGCUGAAAGAUAAGUCCUUGGCCCUCCAGUUUGUAGACUGGGUCCUGAGGGGGACUGCUCAGGUGAUGUUGGUCAACAACCCUCUCAGCGGGCUCAUCAUCUUCAUUGGACUCCUGAUCCAGAAUCCCUGGUGGACGAUUGCUGGGUGUCUGGGGACCGUGGUCUCGACCUUAACUGCCCUCACCUUGAGCCAAGACAGGUCCGCGAUUGCCUCAGGACUCCAUGGGUACAAUGGGAUGUUGGUAGGAAUGCUGAUAGCCGUGUUCUCCCAGAAGUUAGACUAUUACUGGUGGCUUCUGCUUCCUGUGACCUUCACAGCCAUGGCCUGUCCAGUUCUUUCCAGUGCCUUGAAUUCCAUCUUCAGCAAGUGGGACCUCCCGAUCUUCACGCUGCCCUUCAACCUUGCUCUGACUCUGUACCUGGCAGCCACAGGCCACUACAACCUCUUCUUCCCCACAACACUGGUGGAACCUCCAUCUUCAGUGCCCAACAUCACCUGGACAGAGAUUGAGAUGCCCUUGCUGCUACAAGCCAUCCCCAUUGGGGUCGGCCAGGUGUACGGCUGCGACAAUCCCUGGACAGGCGGCUUGAUCCUGGUGGCUCUGUUUAUCUCCUCGCCGCUCAUCUGUUUGCAUGCAGCCUUUGGCUCAAUCGUGGGAAUACUAGCAGCCCUGACAGUGGCCAUGCCCUUCGAGACGGUCUACAUGGGCCUCUGGAGCUACAACUGCGUCCUCUCCUGCAUUGCCAUCGGGGGCAUGUUCUACGCCCUCACCUGGCAGACCCACCUGCUGGCCCUCGUCUGUGCCCUGUUCUGUGCAUACAUGGGAGCAGCCUGCACCAACAUAAUGUCAGUGGUUGGCGUGCCACCAGGCACCUGGCCCUUCUGCCUCUCCACCCUCAUCUUCCUGCUCCUGACAACCAACAACCCCGACAUCUACAAGCUCCCACUCAGCAAAGUCACCUACCCAGAGGCCAACCGCAUCUACUACCUGACAGUGAAAAGCAGUGAAGAAGAGAAGUCCUCCAGCGGAGGCAGUGGGGAGCAGCCAGCCGCGACGAGCCCAAAGGCUGAUGAGGGCUCAGAGGCCGUGCUCCCCAAGCCCAGGAGCGUGUUCCACAUCGAGUCAUCAUCCAUUCAGAGGAGGAGCAAAGUGUUUGAAAAAGGCGAGCACCAGGAGAGACAAACCAAAGACCCUUUUCCCUAUCAGUACCAGAAGCCCACUGUGGAGCUGCUGGAUCUGGACACCAUGGAGGAGAGCUCUGAAAUAAAGGUGGAAACGGACACUUCCAAGACCUCCUGGAUUCGGAGUUCCAUGGCUGCGAGUGGGAAAAGGAUCAGCAAAGCCUUCAGUUACAUCACAGGAGAGAUGAAGGAGUGCGGAGAAGGACUUAAAGACAAAUCCCCAGUGUUCCAGUUCCUCGACUGGGUCCUCCGGGGCACAUCCCAGGUGAUGUUUGUGAACAACCCCCUCAGCGGAAUCCUCAUCGUCCUCGGCCUCUUCAUCCAGAACCCCUGGUGGGCCAUCUCGGGCUGCUUGGGCACUGUUGUGUCCACUUUGACAGCCCUCAUCCUGAGUCAGGACAAGUCAGCCAUCGCGGCAGGACUUCAUGGCUACAACGGGGUGCUGGUGGGGCUGCUGAUGGCUGUGUUCUCAGACAAAGGCGACUAUUACUGGUGGCUUUUGCUCCCCGUCAUCAUUAUGUCCAUGUCGUGCCCCAUCCUCUCCAGUGCCCUGGGCACCAUCUUCAGCAAGUGGGACCUCCCGGUCUUCACACUGCCCUUCAACAUCGCUGUGACCCUAUACCUGGCGGCCACAGGCCACUACAACCUCUUCUUCCCCACGACACUGCUGCAGCCUGCAUCCUCCGUGCCCAACAUCACCUGGUCGGAGGUCCAGGUGCCCUUGCUUUUGCGAGCCAUCCCUGUUGGAAUCGGCCAAGUGUAUGGCUGCGAUAACCCCUGGACUGGAGGCAUUUUCCUCUUAGCUUUGCUCAUAUCUUCACCUCUUAUUUGCUUGCACGCUGCAAUCGGAUCCACCAUAGGGAUGUUAGCAGCGCUCGCUAUCGCCACGCCUUUCGACUCCAUCUACUUCGGCCUGUGCGGCUUCAACAGCACGCUGGCCUGCAUCGCCAUCGGCGGCAUGUUCUACGUCAUCACCUGGCAGACGCACCUCCUCGCCAUCGCCUGCGCACUGUUUGCAGCCUACCUGGGUGCUGCCCUGGCCAACAUGCUAUCUGUGUUUGGAUUACCCCCCUGCACCUGGCCCUUCUGCCUCUCAGCACUCACCUUCCUGCUCCUGACAACCAACAACUCUGCCAUCUACAAGCUUCCACUCAGCAAAGUCACCUACCCAGAAGCCAACCGAACCUACUACCUGUCCCAGGAGAAAAACAGAAGACCAUCGACCAUAGCAAAGUACCAGGCCUACGAUGUCUCCUAAGUUGCCCUUUCCAAAAUAUGUCACUGUAAACUCAGCCUUCAAUAGGUUAUCCAGGUCACCAGGCUGAAGGCCACUUAACCUCUCCUUCUAUCUAUUCUGUGAUUCUCCCUCUAAACAAGCUUACACCCUAGUUAUUCCCACGCACAGGGAAAUUUGUGUGUAGUCACCACUUAGGAACCUCUCUCUUCUAAGAUGCACAAUACUUGUCAAAGAUAGGCUUAGUUGAGACUUGAUACCUAUAGCUCACUCCAUAAGAGCUCCCUUUGCGGGGAACUUGCCCUCUUCUGCAAACUAAGCCACAUCCCUAGAGAGAACCCACCAAAGAGGGGAGAGAGAUUGCUGACGUGGUCAUGCAACUCAGUCAUUUAAUGUAGCAAUGCCCAGCGUCCUGAAAUGUGCAUUAGCUUGAAAAGCAACAGGCUGGUCUGCCCCAGCUCUGCCAAUAAUGAAUUCCCACCACUCAGUUGAGUCCGUCCCUGCUCCCAGCGUCAAUUUGUUAUUGGUUUCACGACGGGGAGGGACUCUGUGGUCCCUUCUACCUCAGAAGUGCUGAUUCUUCGCUCUUUCCUGGAAACUGACAAAAUCAGCAUGGCCAACAAGUAACUACUUUGAGUUAAGUAAAAGAUGGAAAGGUUACCUGAAGAAGAGGCAGGACAAUUUUAAUGUUCUAUGGAGAUUGAUUCUGGAAUCAUGAGAAGAUGUUCUCCAGACUUGGGGUUAGAAGCCUAAAUUCACUGGAAAUGCCACAUGCCUUCUUUUACAUAACAGAAAUAUCUCUGGAAAUGUCAUAAGAUGACAAAUGAUCUUUUUCAACAUUCAAAUCGUAUUUUAAACAAAUGUAUCUGCUUUUGUAGUAUUCAUAAACAUACUCUCAUUAAACGGUUA